UCAAAAAAUAUGCGAACAACAAAUAAUCACAGUAAAAAAAAAACAAGAAUGUGGUGAUCAAAACAUCCUUUAACUGUGAAAUCAAAUGUAUUUUUAUAAGUUGUGUAAUUGACGUAUUCAAUGACGUUAUUCAUUUUUGAUAACCAAAAAUAAAAAUAAAACAACAACAACAAAAAUUCUUCAAGUGGAAAUCCCAAAUUUUAUUUAUUGUUCAAAUCUCAUCACCUCAACCCAUAUUCGUUGUUAAUUAUUUCGCCAUUCGACAACAUAAAAAUGUCAUUCAUUAUAGCUGAAAUGAUACGAAAAUGGAGCAAAUUAUUCUAUGUAAUGUUAACAAGAGAUGUUCGAUCCAUAUUCUUGUUAUUUACAUUUCAAAUCAAAAUGUUUUGGUAUAAACGCAAAAAUCGUAUUAUGUUACAUUUUUUCGAUGAAAAUGUACGAAAAUUUCCAAAUAAAACGGCUAUCAUUUAUAAUGGUGAACAUUAUACAUUUGAAUAUGUUUCCAAUCUUGCUAAUCGUAUAUCGAAUUGGAUUGAAUCAACAUUAAAGUUUGGUCAUGAUGAUCAAUGGGAAUCAUUAAAUCAGGUUUCGGUGAUUGGUAACAAUGACAAUGAUAAUGUUAAUAAAAAAGAAACUAUGAUUGAAUCAAAAAUCUAUCAAAAAUUUGAUGAUAAUUUACAAACAACUCAGAUCGGUCUAAUGCUUGGUAAUAUACCGGAAAUAGCCAGUUUUAUUAUUGGCAUAUCAAGAGUACGUUGUUCGGCCGUUAUGUUCAAUACAAAUCAUCGUUUGGAUACAUUGAUCAAUGCAUUCAAUGCAACGAAUUGUCGAAUAUUCAUUUUUGAACGGAAAUAUUUUGAUACCAUUAAAGAUGUUGCUGAACAAUUACCGGAUAUAAAAUUUUUUAUGUAUGAUCGUGAUGCCAUUAAACAAAAACAAUCGCCAACAGAAUUACUUUCAAUUGAUUUCAAUUAUAAUGGCAUUAGCCGGGAUGAUCUCAUGAUGAUCAAUAAUAAUGAUGAUGAUGAUGAUAAUGCUGAUUCAAUCAUUGAACGUGCAAUACAAUUCUCUCGUCUAUUGCAAUUAUAUCCAAUUGUAUCGGUGAAGAAAACAUAUCCAUAUAAAUUUACCGAUAAAAUGAUCUAUAUAUUUACAUCCGGUACAACCGGUGGUAAUAUUAAAGCAUCACCAGCUGAUAAUGUACGACAGAUUGCAUCAUAUUUUUCACAAUGUCGUGCAUUCGAAAUUAACCAUAAUGAUAAUGUUUAUAUCUGUCUUCCAUGUUAUCAUUCAUUUGCCGGUAUUACCGGUCUUGGCUAUAUGUUUAUUGGUGGUACAACCAUUACAUUGGCGGAUAAAUUUUCAGCAUCAAAAUUUUGGAAAGAUUGUUGCCAAUAUCAAUGCACGGCUGCCAUUUAUAUUGGUGAAACAUGUCGAUAUUUACUAGCACAACCACAUCGACCAGAAGAAACGAAACAUUCAUUACGCAUUAUGAUGGGACCAGGUAUGAAACGUGAAAUUUGGCGUGAAUUUCAAACUAGAUUCCAUAUCCGUCGUAUUGGUGAAUAUUAUGGAUCAACCGAAGGCAAUGUUCAAACAUUCAAUAUGACAAAUGUCGAAGGAUCAUGUGGAUUCAUACCUUAUUAUUAUGGAUUUCUUUGUAAAUUUUUCUUCCAUGUUUAUCUGAUCAAAGUUGACCCAGAAACAAUGGAACUUGAACGUGAUCGUUAUGGUCUUUGUAAAUUUGCUAGACCAGGUGAAACUGGAAUGCUUGUCGGUCAGAUACGUCCAGGACAUUCGUUUUCAGAAUUUCUUGGCUACACAUCAACACAGGAAUCGACGAAAAAAAUUGUUCGUAAUGUUCGUUCAAAAGGUGAUUUUGCAUUCGUUUCUGGUGAUCUAAUGGAAAUGGAUUUUUAUGGUAAUCUUUAUUUUAAGGAUCGUACAGGAGAUACAUUUCGUUGGAAAGGUGAAAAUGUAUCAACAACCGAAAUUGAAGAUAUUAUUUCACAAUUUACCAAUCAUAGUGAUUGUGUUGUUUAUGGUGUUACCGUACCACAUUGUGAUGGUCGCGCUGGUAUGCUGGCCACAAAUGAUCGACAAUUAGAUCUGAAUGGAUUUCAUCAAUUUAUGCGUGCACGUGUACCCGAUUAUGCUAUACCGAAAUUCAUACGUAUCACUGAUGAUAUCCAAAUGACAUCCACAUUGAAAUUCAUUAAAUAUCCAUUACGUAAAGUUGGUUUUGAUUAUUCACAAAUGAAACCAGAUGAUCAGCUUUAUUAUUUUGAUCGUCAACAAUCAAAAUAUCUACUCAUGGAUGAUGAAACAUACGAACGAAUCAAUAAUGGACAGAUAAAAAUUUCAUAAAACAAAAAUGAUGGAAUUUUUUUUUUUCGAAUCAUCUCAUUGCUCAUACUAAUGGCCCAUAGAUGGCGUAAAAUGUUUGAUGAAUAAUUUUUUGUUUCAAAUCAAAUUUUGGUUUUUUUUUUUUGAUUAAUUUCUGGUUUUAUUUUGUGUUAUGUUGUUGUUGUUGUUUUUAUUGUUUCCUAACAAUUAUAACUGUGUAACCAUUGAAUUCAAAUGAAACAUUUUUUUUUUUUGGAAAAAGAAAAAGCCAUAUAUUGUGCUUGUAUGCAUCCAUUAAUGGAUGUAAUUUUGUUUUUUCAUUUGAAUCUCAAUGUUUGAAUCAAUAAAAGAAUGGAUCAUCAUCAUUAUUUACACAUCAAUAGUUUUGAGAAAUAAGUAGAGAAAAAAAAUCAAUCAUUUAAU